CAGGCAGCCUACACUCCAGGAGGAAAGACCAGCUGUGUAACUUGAAUCCGUAGGUGCUGCAAAAGGGAACAGGGCACCCCAGAGGUCCGAAGAAAGGGGGGCCUCCCGAGGAAGGCUGUGUGGAGUUGGUGCUAUUUGAGGUGGGCUGUGAAGACUGGACACGAUUUUUGAAGGGAGAGAUGGAGUAGAGAAGUACAUCCUAGUUAACUGAGACAAUGUAAGCCAAGGAACACAGGAAGCAGGAGCUGGCCAACAGCUCGGACGUGACCCUCCCUGACCGGCCGCUGUCUCCACCUCUCACUGCACCUCCCACCAUGAAGUCGGCAGAGUUCUUCGAGAUGCUGGAGAAAAUGCAGGGGAUCAAGCUCGAGGAGCAGAAGCCAGGACCCCAGAAGAACAAGGAUGACUAUAUCCCCUACCCCAGCAUCGACGAGGUUGUGGAGAAGGGAGGCCCGUACCCACUGAUCAUCCUGCCCCAGUUUGGGGGCUAUUGGAUCGAGGACCCAGAGAAUGUGGGCACGCCGACCUCUCUGGGCAGCAGCAUCUGUGAGGAGGAGGAAGAGGACAGCCUCAGCCCCAACACGUUCGGGUACAAGCUCGAGUGCAAGGGUGAAGCCAGGGCCUACCGCAGGCACUUCCUGGGGAAGGAUCAUCUAAACUUCUACUGUACUGGGAGCAGCCUGGGGAACUUGAUCCUGUCCAUCAAGUGUGAAGAAGCCGAGGGGAUUGAAUACCUCCGUAUCAUUCUCAGGUCCAAACUGAAGACGGUGCACGAGCGGAUCCCCUUGGCUGGCCUGAGCAAGUUGCCCAGCGUCCCUCAGAUUGCAAAGGCUUUCUGUGAUGAUGCAGUGGGGCUGAAAUUCAACCCUGUCCUGUACCCCAAGGCCUCCCAGAUGAUUGUGUCCUAUGAUGAACAUGAUGUCAACAACACAUUUAAAUUUGGGGUCAUUUAUCAAAAAGCCAGACAGACCCUGGAGGAAGAGCUAUUUGGGAACAAUGAGGAGAGCCCGGCUUUCAAGGAGUUCCUAGACCUGCUGGGGGACACGAUAGUACUGCAAGACUUCAAAGGUUUCCGAGGAGGCUUGGAUGUGACCCACGGACAGACGGGGGUGGAAUCGGUGUACACGACAUUCCGGGACAGGGAGAUCAUGUUUCACGUCUCCACAAAGCUGCCAUUUACUGAGGGAGACGCCCAGCAGCUCCAGAGAAAGAGACACAUUGGGAAUGACAUUGUGGCCAUCAUCUUCCAAGAGGAAAACACACCGUUUGUCCCAGAUAUGAUCGCCUCCAAUUUCUUACAUGCCUACAUUGUCGUACAGGCUGAGACCCCAGGUGCAGAGACCCCAUCCUACAAGGUCUCCGUCACAGCGCGGGAAGACGUCCCAGCCUUCGGCCCACCCCUGCCCAGCCCCCCUGUUUUCCAGAAGGGCCCGGAGUUCAGGGAGUUUCUGCUCACCAAGCUCACCAAUGCAGAGAACGCAUGCUGCAAGUCGGACAAGUUUGCAAAGCUGGAGGAUCGGACAAGGGCUGCCCUCCUGGACAACCUCCAUGAUGAGCUCCACACCCACACGCAGGCCAUGCUAGGCCUGGGCCCAGAGGAGGACAAGUUCGAGAAUGGGGGCCAUGGGGGCUUCUUGGAGUCUUUUAAGCGGGCCAUCCGUGUACGCAGCCACUCCAUGGAGACCAUGGUGGGCAGCCAGAAGAAGCAGCACAGUGGGGGCAUCCCUGGCAGCCUCAGCGGGGGCAUUUCCCACAACAGCGUGGAGGUCACCAAGACUACCUUCUCGCCUCCAGUGGCAGCGGCAGCGGCAACAGCGAAGAACCAGUCUCGGAGCCCCAUCAAGCGGCGAUCAGGGCUCUUCCCUCGCCUGCACACGGGUUCUGAAGGCCAGGGGGACGGCCGGACACGAUGUGACAGUGCAUCCAGCAACCCCAAGACCCCGGAUGGUGGACACUCUUCUCAGGAGAUAAAGUCUGAGACCUCCUCCAAUCCCAGCUCUCCGGAAAUCUGCCCCAACAAAGAGAAGCCUUUCAUAAAGUUGAAGGAGAAUGGCCGCGCCAACAUCUCCCGCUCCUCCUCCAGCACCAGCAGCUUCAGCAGCACCGCAGGGGAGGGCGAGGCCAUGGAGGAGUGUGACAGCGGGAGCAGCCAGCCAUCCACAACCUCGCCCUUCAAGCAGGAGGUGUUUGUCUACAGCCCGUCCCCAAGCAGCGAGAGUCCCAGCCUGGGAGCAGCCGCCACCCCCAUCAUCAUGAGCCGGAGUCCCACAGAUGCCAAAAGCAGAAAUUCCCCGAGAUCAAACCUGAAGUUCCGCUUUGAUAAGCUCAGCCAUGCCAGUUCUAGUGCGGGUCACUAAUGUGAAAGAGGAGUCCUUCGCCUGUUCAAGAGAGGCACCGCUUCUGUGCUGGAGAAGGCUCCUGUUCCAGCAGUUCGGGGGUGCCAUCCACUACUCUGUCACAGUCCUGCUGCCUCACCGGCCACCUGCCCACCGGACCAGCUGUCUGUCCAUGUCCCAGCCCAGCCACAGCCCGGCCCUUUACCAACACAUCUUGAGAGCACCGCCCCAUCCCUGGACAAGGCCUCCUUCCUCGAGGCUCCCUUUGUAACUGACUUCGCCAUGUGAUGUCUAUCUGGUCAUGUAUCAUCUUAUUUUGUCUGUAGUGGAAGAAAGUUGGGGAAAGGGGAUUUAGGAGCCAGGAUCUCAGCCAGACGCAGGGAGCUCAUCUGCCUCAGAGGGCAUGGUGGGUGGGAAGCAGGGUCCCCGACAGAAUAUGUACCCUGGUAAGGGGCUGGCAAAGGCAGGCUCUGUCUGCCCUUGGUCACAGUGCAGUGCCUUCCUGGAUGUGGUGGGCAAGAGGCUUUACCACUACCAACGCAUUCGGUGGAGGUGGAGGGACUGCUUUUCCAGAGCCGGAAUUCGUAGCAUCCUCGAGGCCACCCUGAGGAAAAUUGGCUCUCUUGCUCCUGCAUCUCCGGAGCUCCAAUGUCUAUCUGCUUCUGCACUAAGAACUUCUCACCCAUCUGCUGACAAAGGCCCAGGGCUGCCUUCGUCCCGAUGCCUGUGCACGUCCAGUGGGGCUCUGCCGGUUGAAGCUCGGAGACAGCUGGGUGUGACCAGGACUGGGUGCCAUGCACUUCCUUGACUGUAGCCAGAGCUUUUGUCCUGCCUUUUCACACAGUCUCCUGAUUAUUGCUUUUGUGGGAGAAGCCCCAUGGCAAUUGCUCCCCAUUGAGCAGAUGGUUUCCUCAUGAAGGGGUGGGCAGCCAGGCGUGAGAAGGAAUUCAGGGAAUGCAAAGGAGCCAGCACUGGGGUUUUCCUUAGCUGAGCAGCAUCAGGACCUGAGGGCUAGGCUGGCAUCCAGGACUCCCCUUGUCGUGGAGGCUCAGGGAAGACAUGGUUAUUUCACCCCCCCUGAAGUGAGGGGGAGAGCUGGGGUGGGGAUGGCCUGAUGGCCUGGCAGGUUCUCCUCAGGCCAACCUAUGGGGAGGAGCCCAGCGUCCCACGGCGGUCGAUGUCCCGGGCAUUUCGGGGUAUCGAGCCCUGCUGUGGAGAUUGUUCCCACAACUGUGCCCUUCUGUCAUGUCUGCGGUUUUGAUCUCUGAGCCCUGCUCUUCCCCUUUCUGAGUAUGGGCCUAUAAGCAGUUGUCACAUCUGUGGGAUUCCUGCACCUGGGCCGCAUCUCAUGUGGGUCAGACACUGUGUGCCACCUGCACCCUCUGCCAGAGCCACCUUCUCUGGGAUGAGCCAGCUCGCUCUGAGGAACAGCUGACUCCCACCUGGCUCCCCACCCAUCCAUGUCUGCAGUAUGAGAGGGUAUAUAUGCUGAUUGGUCCUGGGUGGGUUGAAAGUGGGGCGUUCUUUAAAUAAAAUGUAGAGUCUGAAGAGCAGACCCUCAGAGGGGCUGCAGCUUCACAUGCAGAUGGGGCCUCUGGCACGUGGUGGCAGAAGGCUGCCAGAGUGACACUGGCUGGGUUCCUGCUUUAAUGAGCAGAUGACGAGGAUUUCCAACCAACUUCUUCAUUUGCAUAGGGACCUGGACCCACUCCCACGUCAAAGUGUAUGACUGUUACGCUAUUUUUGACUGAUGUGAUAAUUUCCCAUUGCUUCUGCCAUUAGAGCUAAGUUCUGAUCCUUCGUCUCCUGCUCAUGUGGAAAUUGUGGGAUCCUAUUUGCAGGCUGGUUAGACUUCUCCCCUCACACUAUUUGGCAAAUGCGCUUAUGUAAAGUACUAGUCUGGUAAAAUGUAUUCCAGUUAGAGAAGGUCAACAAAAUAUCAGUGUAGCUUUUAUUAAAAGUCACUGUAGCAGCACCCACUACUGGAAGGAGGCCUGUGGAUUCUGGCCCUGUUUUGUUGACUGGGUUUCCGAGGGUACUUGAAAGGUCAAACUGCGUUUCUUUAAAAAAGUCUUACAGGGUAAGACUGUCCAUCCGGGUAGCUAGCAUGUGUGGCUGCUUGGUGAUUGUACUGUAUCGUGUUGUGGUCUGCAGUUUCCGGGUUGUCCUCAUGUUAUCCUAUUUGGGAACCUCAUACCCUCUAUCCCCACUACUCUUUCCGCUCCCUGCAGCCUCCUACCUCCUGAGAGGGCUCUGCUCCUCCUCUGAGCCUGUGGGCAGGAUGGCUGGGGUGUCCAGAGGACCUGAGAGGCACACAUACCCUCUAAAACAUGCAGACCUAAGACAUGGUCUCCACCCUUGUUUUGCUGUUGGGGUGCUCUGGGUGGGCUCUGCAGUUCCCUCACUCUGUGUCAUCCUCACCAUCCCUAGAAAGUCUGUCUAUAGCUUCCAGAGUGUCCACCACUAGCCCACCCCAGGCCCCAGCACUGAGAGGGAGGAGGAGCAUAGAUGCAGGACCCCUUUCCCCUCCCUCCUCUGGGCUAUGGGGCAGGCAGCUCGGGGUCCUGGAGGUCUGUUUGCCCCACACUCUAUAUCUGCUCUGACCCAACAUGUCUUUCCUUUUAUUGCUGCGCCCAGUCUUGGGGCUCAAAGAACUGCUCGAGCCUCAUUGGCCCUAGUUACUAGACUCAUCUAGAUGGUGCUCAUGCUGAUAUUUGAGGAAUUUCACUGUGACCUUCAGGAAGGGUGUUUCCCGGACACGUUUCUGGCUCUGGGGACUGUGUGACUCACUGAAGAAAUUGUAUGUGUUGGGUACCCAUAUGCCUCCAGCUCAGUGGAUACUUAAAAACAGAUGCAGAAAGGCUAGAGAUAGAAAACCUUAGCUAGAGUUUCUGUCUGUGCUCAAGGAUGUAAAAUGGUGUUUCUUGAAAAAUAUUCUGUGGUUUAGUUUUGUGGGCAUCGUCUCAAUGCCCACGCUUUCUGGCCCCUUGUAGCAUUUCACCCAAUCAUGCCAUCAUCCAGAUGAGAAACCUUAGGCCCAGGGUGGGGAAAUGACUUGCUUGAGGUCACACAGCCAGGUAGCAGCAAGACUGGGAUUGGAACUCACCACCUUUGUGUGGUGGUUGGAUAAAUGGCUGCAUUUCCUGGGCCCUGGGUUUUGCUGGUGUCUCAGCACUGGCUGGGAGCUGUCACCAGUCAAGGAUGUUGGUGGAGCCUCGGUUGCUGCAUUUUCCAUCAGGUGGGUGGGAAAUAUUCUCUUGGAUUUUUCAGCCCUGGGAUUUCGGCUGUGGCUGGAGCAAAGAAAACAAGGAGAAAAAAAGGGUUCUGGUGAACCGACCGCCAGUGACCGGUUUUUCAACUACCAUCUGUAGUGGAGGUGGGGGCCAGGGCAAAGACGAUACCAAUCCUCGGCAUCCUGUUUUCGAAAUUAAGAAGAAAACUCAUCCCUUCUCCCUGAGUGUUACGCAAAGCUGGUUAAUGGAAGCGUAGGCUCACGUGAAGAGGCAGGACGAGUGCUCAGUUCACUUUCUUCCCCUGAGCCUUUCAGGUGCCAAUUCAAACACUACCCUUUUCAUUCAUUUCUAAGUCAAUAGAGACAGCUCUGUUGUGGGGGUUCAAGGAGGUCUCAUAGCUACAAGUAGCCAGCAGGGACCAGGCCAACCUGGCCUGCUUAGGCCCCCAUGGCUCCGCCCCCAGCCUCUAGCUACCCGUUAAGAAAGGCGAGGGCAGGUCCAUCGAGUUUGCCAAGGCUGUCUCUGCAGCCUGAUGGGAGACUCGGGAGGGCAUUCUUCUACCAAGCUCUGGUAUGUUUUACCACUAGCCCCUUGCCCACUCCAUCCCCCGGUCUUGCCCAUUUCAGCUGGGUCACGGGCCCAUUUGGGAGGAAUACAACCCCUGCUAGGGCCAAGGGCAGCAGAGCCCCGCCUGGUGAGAGGCUGUUGGGGCAGUGGCUCUGUUCUGUGCCUUACCAGCCCUGGGGAGAUGGUGUUUGGCUGGAAGACUGGAAUUUGAUUGCCAUUGUCUUUGAUUUUGUGACAUUUCUGCUUGGAAGGGUGAAACCCCCUUUCUGAUCCUUAGCAUGUGUGCCAACUCUCCCUUGUCAUGGGUGUCCCCCUCUGACACCCCAGCUGGGGGAGUGCUGACAUUUCAGUGUGAAGAGAUUCCCUCGUGUGAUAGAACCUAAGUAAGAACUGUAGCUUGGACGUGGUGGUCCAUGUGAUGAUUUUUCUUUCUUUCCUCUUAGGGAGGAGAUUGUAGACCCCUGACUGCCUAUGUAAUGUAAAUAGUGUACAUUUAAUUUAUUGCUAUGGUAGCAUAUUGUAUUUGUUAAUGUAUAAAACAAAUUCUAAAAGGUUGACAAAUGUAUAUUUUGUUGCUUAAAUGUGUCUUUGCAGAAAUUGACAAUAAAUAACAUAUUUUGUGUC